CCCAUUGUCGCCCCCUCCCAACAGCGCUCAAUUUGCCAGUCGCCCUGCAGCACCGCGCUCUGCAGCUCAUGGUGCCCCCGCCCGCCGCGUCUUGUCCCCCUCCGCGCGAGGUUGUGCAGUAAGGCUGGGGCGCACUGCUGCUGCCUGUGCGGGAGCGUAGCUUGUCUCCUGCCUGCCUGGCCUCACCCCCCGCCGGCGUGCCUUCCCGCCGCUCGCGCUCAGUCUCCCUACAAACAUUCCCAGCGGGCUUCACUGCGUCAUGAGUCAGCGGGACCAUGAUCUGAUGGAGUCUGUUGCCGCAGACGACGCAAUCAGUGUCCCCGCGUCGCCGCCGCCGCGCGACUCUAUGGAAGACGCUGACCCUUCACUGACCCGCAAACGACCACGUCUAGACACCGGAAGCAAGGACAAUCUAGUCAUGUCCGCCGACACUGCUUCUCCCGCCGCCGCCGCCGCGCAACCGAGCGAGCAACAGGUCGAAAUGACAAUACGGUCGCAGCCCCCCUCGUCCUCCCACGCCGUUGACGGCGCCGCCGACGCCAAUGGCACCGCUGCCCCCGCGCCCUCUGUUCCGGCCGAGCCUGAAGCCGCUGUGCCCGGCACUGAGAACGGCGUUGCCGGCGAAGGCGACGCACCCGCCGACAGCCCGCCGGUCAUCGCCAUAGACGACGAAGACGACGAUGCCGAGGCCAUGACCGAUACCAUCCAGUUUGAAUAUGACGCGGAGACGUAUUUCCAGCAGUUUCCCUUUACGCAACACUGCGAUUACAUGCAGGCCGUCCUCAACGUCGCACAGCAUUUUCAAGGCUCCCACCCCCUCGAUGGCACCGUGCUUCCGCAGAUCGCUGUCUGGCUAGACAAUUUCCCCCGUCGUCCAUCACAAUGGCAGAGCUUCUACCUGGACAAGGCAGUUUUCUGGGAGGAGUUCUACGGCCUUGUGAACAGGGUGCUUCUGCGCAGAUCCCCGUUUGGGGACCAAUUCUGCGACGACGGCCAGACCGAGGACGACAUCUUCUACAACUUCUUCAGCGCUUAUCUCCGGCUUUGCGCGCGCCUUGCUCAAGUCGAUGCUGAGCUGCUCUCUUCCGCGCCGUCUGACGGCUCCUAUCCCCACGCCGUCCUUUCUCACAAGCACCUACGACAUAUGAACACCAUCUUCCGCCAGGAGAAAGCCCCCGUGUUCCACCUGUUGAGCAAGGAGUAUGGGACAGAUACCCACAAGCUAGGCAUCCGGUUGCUGUUUGACUUCAUAAAAGCCGACGGCGUCAAACACCUUUUCCGCUUUGCAGACCAGGCAUGUGGAAAGGUUUCCAUGACUUUGCAGAACUGGAUCGCCAACUGGGCGUCUCAGAUCCUAAGUAACGUGGGCUGGAUCCUAUGGGAUCUUCCGGAUGCUGACCAACUCACCAACCGCCAGCAAUACUAUCGAGAUUUGUUGCAGUUCUUCCGGCGAUACAACGUGGAUCUACAAAUGCCGAGCAAGGCCGUUGACACUGGGGUCACCAAGGAGCUCAUUGGUUACUUCACACUUCUGCUCUUCGAACUGUGCCAAUGGGACGAGAUGCUUGCUGCCGAACUCGUCGACGAGUUCUUGGAAUUCCGGGACCCUGAUUCUCCUACGUCGGCUACUUCGCAGGAUGCCGAGAGCAACACGGGCCGUGAUGCAUACCGCCAGAAUUCGAACUUCUUCCCGGCGCUGGUUUCGAACGCCUGGAAAUUCAAGCUUUUGCGGAAAUACGUCGUAAAAGGGCGAAUGGAGCUGCGUGUCAUGAGCAUUGGCACCAUGGACAAUGCGCUCGUCGAGAUAUGGCGGGAGUACAAUAACACCGAGCAAUCGAUCAACCACCCGGUCAUGCAGUACCUUGCCGAUUUUCUGCUUCACGAACGCGUCAUCGACUACAUUAUCAGCGUAGAUUCGCAUCCUCAGCUUAUCUCCCGGAGCGGUAAUAUCGUCGGCUUCCUCGUAGUUACGCAUCGAUAUUCGGACAGACAGACUGACGCUAUCUGGAACACUGUAUCCAACAGCCCUGAUCCGCGUGUAGUUUCUGCCACCAUGACGAUGCUCCGAGGCAUCUUCAGCCUCAUGGACGCUCCAGACCAGCUUUAUCUUUGCACAAAGCUGUAUGAGCUUCCGAUCGAGAGCUACAAUCUCGACAUCCUCCGCUUCCUGCGGGAGCUCACUCCCAAACUUCAACAGAGAUAUCUCGACUGGAGCAUGACAGAUCCGAAAUCGCGACCUUGGAACGUGUGUAUCCGGGUGUUGCAAGACACCUCCCCGAGCAAGGAGUCGACCAAACUUUCGAAUGGUCUGCACCAGGAAGCUUUCCAGCAGUUGCAGAUGGUCUCGGCUUUCGUUAGCCCAGACGAACGCCACCAGAUUUAUCGAGAGUGUGCAACUCUAAUAUCAGACAGGUCGAAGAAAGCAACCGGGAGCAUUCGCGCUAUUUGUGUCCUCGCGUUUACUGCAGGCUUCCAUGAUUCCGACUUCUUCACGGAUAAUUCGGAUGUGACACGACCUCUUCUCGAAGAGACUUGUGCUUUUGUUAGAGAACAGCAGGACAUCGGGUAUAACACGCCCCAGGCCCUGGCGCUCCAAUAUCGGCUUGAGUUCCUGUCAUUUCUGAUAUGUCGAGCCACUGAGGCGAUACCAGUCGACCUCUAUCAGGACAUAUGGGAUCACCUCAUCGGCAAGUACGCGCAGACGAAUCUACUGCGGGAUCUAGCUUGGUCCAAGUUUUUAGACGCUGCCAAGUCUAAGCCGGACAACGCCUUCUGCAAGCAGCUCAUUGCAGCCUAUGUACCGAAGUUGGAACCGCAAUACUACACUCCUGGACUGUUUGAGUUUGUGGCCGCUUACAGAUUCCCGACGAUGCGGCACGUUGUCAAGACCGAGGAUGGCGAAAAGGAGCUGUUACAGAUUCGCGGUGCUGAACUUUUAUGGUCAAUGAUCCUAUCCGCUCCGCCAGACACCAUCGAGGAUCGCGCUGCGAGGCUACUCGCUGCCCGGUAUCUCGAAAUAGACCCGGACCAAGGCGUCACCCUAGAAGAGGUUGAAGCAGCUCAUGUUGCGCUUGUCGAUCAAUGUACGCAGGAGCUCUUGUCUGCAUAUAAGACGUUACGGAACGAACCCGCCAAGAAGCCAGAGGAUUGUGACGAGAUGGACAUUGUUCUUCCCGACGCCGUAAAGCAGCAGAACGAGCGCCGGUUUGGACGAACGAUAUUAUUCGUAAAGCUUCUCCUCAUGACCAUCCGUACGAAGCCGGAGUUCAAUCGUACUAGUAGGUCAGACUCUAAGGUUGAGCCUUUGGAGAUCGAGCUUCCGUACGGAGACGCCAUCGAGAUCAAAUACCAGUCUCUGAACGAGAAGCAAUCUGUUCUCAUGGGCUCGGAGAACACGCUCCAGGAUUUGUACAGAAGACUCUGCCAUGCGACCGGAUUCUCUAAGAUCAACCUCUUCGCUAAAGGACAGCGACUGAAUGUCGCGGAGAAAGGAAACGAGAAAAUCGCGGAGCUCGACAUCGCAGGCUACCUGCUGCUUGUGCAGAAAGCUCCGGGAAGCGAAAUGACGCAGCCCGUCGCCGAUAGAAAUGGUAGCUGCUCGGUCUUCGAAGUAACCAUCCUGAACCAUUUUGAGGAGCUUUUUGCGUGCAUGGAUGCAGAGGACUACAUUAGCGAAGUGCUCUAUGACUUCUUGAUUUGCUUUCCCUUCCGCGAGCGGAUUGCUGAAUCCGUCAUCUCUGGUAAAGCCUCUGCCGACAACCUCUUUCCUCCCGGAAGACACUUUCAAGCCAAAUAUGCCGCCUUAGCACUUCAGUACAAGCUGAGGGAGCAAUUGAGGAGAGGCGCCCUCGACGAUACGUUCCUAGCCAACGCUGUUCGGCUUCUGGACCAAGCGCUCCUGAAUCCCGCUUUGAUAACCGACUCCAUGUCUGGCAGAACCGAGCUGUAUUUAGCUGGUGUGCUCGUCAAUGUUCUGCUGGAAUUCCUGAAAGUAGAACGUCCCCGACCAGAGAUCUCAUCAUCUUACUUCUCCGACGAAGCUCGUCUGGUUGGUCGCCUAGUCAAGCUCUUGUCUGUAGCCCUCAAGGCAGAGCCCGAUAGCGGUCCCAUCGUUUUCCACUCUUACGCUACUAUCUUAGAGGCAUCCUUACAUUCUCGCGGCAUCUGGGAAGCCUUUACACGCAACGAUGCGAUUGCUAUCUUACACAAAGAGCUCCUCCUGGCCGACCGUCGAAAGAAUCUCCGAGAACACAUUGCACAGGCAAUUGCUUCCGUCUGUGGAGGUGGUCUUCCCUCGUCCUCUCCUCUCACUGAAGCCGAAACUGCGACACGCUUCUGGAAGAUCAUCUCCUCUGUUUUGCCAGAAGCCGUUCGAUAUGUCGGCCAAUCCGAGCAGCUGUUCGACCUUGCAGAGCUAGUCUUCCGGAAAUACGACGAGAGUAGUAGAGACGAGGCAUCCCUGCGAUCAUAUCUGGCUACCUGGAGUGACCUCCUCUUGAACUAUCGGCACGAAGAAUUCGUCGGCCGCGAUGAGACCGACUUCGUUGUCCUCGGGUUUACGAAGCUUCUCCUCAGCUGCAUUCCUUCCUUGAAGUCAUUCAAGAAACCUCUAAACGCCGGUUGGCUCGUGGAGAAGAUUUGGCACAAAUUCCUCUUCGUUCCGAGGAUAGUCGACGUCGACGAGCAAGCGGAAGAUCUUCCGCUUCCAGUACUGGAGAGCAAGACGAGAAAGGAACUAUAUGAUCUAGUACUUGCUUUGGCCGAAGACCGAAACAGCUACAGCAAGCUACUAGGCUUGGCCCAGGAGCUGGGCCUAGACGAAGGGGCCAUGGCUUUAAAGGGCUUCUCCAUUGAUCGUGCAAACGAGAUACGGUCCUCCACCGGAUAUGUCGGCUUGUUCAACCCUCGCGCCAUCUGCUACAUGAAUUCGUUGCUCACUCAGCUAUUCAUGAACGUAAAUUUCCGGAAGUUCAUGCUUGGACUGAACAUCGCCGACGCCGGCGCCUCUCAGCGUCUUCUGCACGAAACUCAGACACUCUUUGCGCAGAUGCAAAACAGUUACCGCAAAUCAGCUGACCCGCGGGCUUUUGCCGCUUGCGUGAAGGUGCCUGAAGGCGUGCCCAUCGACAUCAACGUACAAAUGGACGCAGACGAGUUCUACAACCUACUUUUUGAUCAAUGGGAAGGUCAAAUGCUUUCUCCAGAAACCAAACAGCAGUUCCGGUCCUUCUACGGAGGCCGAACCGUCAAUCAGAUCAAGUCGAAGGAGUGCGAACAUGUCUCCGAGCGGGUCGAAAGUUUCUUCGUCGUUCAGUGCGACGUCCAGGGCAAGGCCAACCUACAUGAGAGUCUCCAGGCUUUCGUCGAAGGAGACGUGAUGGAAGGCGACAACAAGUACAAGUGCGAAUCAUGUGGUGGGAAGCUGGUCGAUGCCGUGAAACGUACAUGCCUCAAGGACGUCCCGGACAAUCUCAUCUUCCACCUUAAGCGCUUCGAUUUCGACUUGGUGGAACUGCGCAGGGCCAAGAUCAAUGACCAUUUCGACUUCCCGACGUGCAUUGAUGUAAGCCCUUUCAAGAUCGAUCAUCUCAGCGAUCCCUCCCAGCCGCGGCAAGAGGACAUCUUCGAGCUCGUUGGAGUACUUGUGCAUCAGGGUACUUCGGAGAACGGCCAUUACUAUUCUUAUAUUCGUGAGCGGCCGUGCCCAUCUGGGAGCAUGACGCACUGGGUCGAGUUCAACGAUAGGGAUGUGGACGCCUUUGACCACCAGUCCAUCCCAUACCACGCUUUCGGUGGAUGGUAUGAUGAGCAGUUUCCGCGGCAGCUGAAGCAAUUCAGCGCAUAUAUGCUCUUCUAUCAGCGUAGAAGCGCCAUCGAGAAAGACCAUCGCGAGUACAUUAGCUCGCCUCAUUCUGGAGUUGCCAAAGUUCCAGUUCCUCCAGCCUUGGAUAAGAAUAUUCACAUGGAUAACGAAAGCCUGAUCCGCGAAUACAGUCUCUACGAUCCGCAUCACACCAAGUUCGUACGCCAGGUUCUCACCAAUCUUCGAAUGGUCAAUCACGGGACCUGCUCGGAAGAUCAUCAACAGGAGGGACAAGCUCUCCAUGUCGUGCUCGAGCACGUCUGUCAGACGCUUUUCCGCGUUAGGACCGCGGAGAAUUUUGACGAGACAAUCGCUCAGCUUCGGAGGACGGUGCUGUCCUGUCCCACUUGUUGUCAUAUCUCGUUGAAGUGGCUCGCAACGCAAGAGUGCGGUCUAUUUAAUAUGCUGCUACAGUGUGUGCAUAUGAAGGUCCGCGCUUCGAUACGAGCUUUCCUCAUUGACAGUCUGCGCUUCCUUCGCGAAAAGGACCCGGCUUCGUACGGUAUCGAGAGCAUGGACACCGAUAUGGAUACCGGAUCCUUGGCGCCUAUGGACGGCAUACUUGUAGACAUCGCCCAGCGGCUUCGCCUCGUGGCCGAGGACUCCUACAUAGCUUCCCGAGGCUGGGACGACUUCUAUCUCACUCUUUGCCAGCUCAGCAACCUGGGACAUAUUGAGACCGCGGUACUGUUGAACCAGGGCUUCUUGGAGUUCUGCCUGCGGGUAUUCUGCAUGCAUGCAGUUCCAGGCCUCCGGAUGCGUGAAGCCGACCUUUGGCGGUUGGUCGAAAAGAAGAAGCGCAUCUACAACAGGAUGAUCGAGUUCAUAUAUACGCUAUUGUCGAAAAUGGACCUUCAGCUCGCAGUCGUUCAAGACGCCCGACGCAGCGAUCGGCUAGAGAAGUACGACCGGAACCUCUUGAAAUUCCCACUUUCUAGAGAAGAGAAGCACUAUCUGCAUCUAUGGUACGAAGACAACCGAGCCUUUGCAGCUCUAGACAAGAUGCUAGAAUAUUUCGACCCUACCAAGACAGAAGUCUUCUACCCUGGAGAAAUACUCAAGUGGAUGCUCCAGUCAAAAGAUGCGCGUAUCCAGCAACUCUUGUACUUCACCGUGUAUGAGGGCGUCUACCAGCUUAGCCCCCCCUUCUCGGAUCCGUAUGUUCGCGCUGCUCUGCCCUACUGCGCAGCGUGUCCUGAGGCGAACUACGUCGAGAACGUGAUUGAAGCUGUCGGCAAGGCUGCUACUCGGCUAAGGGACGGCGGCGGCGAAGUCUACAUCCGAUUUUUCAGCGGGCUCCUGAAGACGGAGAACGAGGUGGUCUUCGAAGAGAGGAGCCCAGACAUGUUCUACGACUUCUGCCUUAUCCUAUCAAGGAAGAUGGCCACCCCACUGCUUUUGUACGACGACGAUGGUGUCCGCAGGGCGACGCAAAACUACCUCUCGGACCUCUUCACCAAGUACAAGGACGACGAGCUCGCUACAGAAGAGACGCUCAAAUACAAGUUCAAGGCUAUUCGGACUUUGGCAGCCGAAAUGAUUGCGAAGAUCGCCGAGGAGCACCAGAACACGACAUCGCGGGCUUACAUGCAGCCGAUGAUUGCGACAUGCCAUCUGCUUGUGCAGCUGCUCUACCAUCUUCACCAGAGCGAGGAUACAUCGAUGGAGCUAUUCAAGCAGGCCAGUGACGCGGCAAUCAUUCAAUCGUAUCAGCUCGAGGUCUCGGCGCGAAUUCAGCAGUGGCCGCUUGAUGAAGGUACGCCGAUUUCGACAGGGGAAGCUUAUGAGCAUUCGGACUAUGGCAGUGAGUCGGAUGAGGGACCUGACCUCUUGGACAUGUGAAGUUGAGGAUCGUCUCGGCGUUUGCUUGCGGCCCGUCAGGGGCUCAGUCCGCAUCCAGGUCAUGACCUGCCGUCACCACGGUCUUUUGACAACGAGAACUGGGCAUGAGAUAUGGGUUACGGCGUUCUUGUGGUUAGACUCGGGCUUUCGUUUCCGGCCAGGAUCAAAAAGAAAUUUUUGGGCCAUUCCUUGCCCUGCUGUGUUCGCCUGGCGGCGACAUGGUCAGACGGCUAGAUGGGGUAUCGGCGCAACGGUUGGAGAGCCUAGGCUCACUACGGUCUUUCCUGCAUGGGCAUUCUACCGAUCUAUUUUUUGAGGUUAUUGAUGGCAUAGCGCGGGCGAUUCACACGACUGGGACAGUCUUCAUGAACUGGGAAAUAGAAAACAUGAAAAGCUGCGAUGGCGUUUGGUGUAUGAAUGAAAUCGAUUGCACGGCUGCGUUGG